CUAUUCAUAUUGUGCUUAAUUAGGUACCCGGGUAUACUUUGGGUUGGUCGCUCACCGAUGAGAAGAUGUCUUGAACGAAAUUGGAAUAAGCCACCCGGACAGUUGUCGGGGUAGACCGAAUUAGAAGCCAGUGCACGUUCUACCUGCACUAACCGCUCAGCCCGCUCUAAAAAGGACCUAGGACUCGAGAUAUCCAUGCUCGCUAAUAGCACCACGAGGCUGUAGCUCGACCUGGUACGGCCUACUGGCGUGGAGGGGGUCUUCGGUAUAUUGUUUUCUAGCGAGCGUUGGGGCGUCUAUUAGCCGACGCUGGAGGCCUACGAGAAGACUCUAGGUCAUGUGGAGAUGCGGCCAGACGAGGCUAUCAUGGUCGCAACGCAUGCGUACAGUCUCGGGUCUGCGCAGAUUCUCGGCAUGAGAACUGAUUCCGUCUAUUGUUGGACUGUUGGUCGCGGUGAGGAUAUUAAUGCGGUUAGGAUGGAGAAUAGCAUCGAACUCCUCGGCGAGGUCAUGCGUGUGUUGCUUCCUGCCGUCAGGUCUUGGGUCAGGUCUCGCCGAAGAGUUGACAGCCAGUUCACGCAUCUCCAGUACCAUGUCUUACCAACAGCCUUGUAAGGCGUCGAACCAGAAAUGUUCGGAUCACAGGAGCCGGCAGGCUGUGGCUAUGCGAUGCCGUGCAUACUUUUAUACGCAUGUUGGUAUGAGGCCUCCGCGAACGAGCUGGUGAGAACCCGACAGGCUCGUCUUCAGUUACAUUGAAGAAAUUGAAUCGUGCAACAUCGUCAUAAUUAACUAUACGAACCAACAUGCGUAUGUGUUGUACGGAUGUGGGUGAGGUCUGCGCCUCCACCGAUUUGAUAGAGGCCGGCAACUAUCGGAGCCAGCAAAUGAGUACAGCGGUACUUCGUACUAUGUACAUCCGCUAAAUUCAUGAAAUCCCGGGUUACUGGGGUUUAAACUAUUAGUGGGUCUGAACCGGGAUCUUACAGAACUUGUGUCACGCAAUCAGCGUUCGGAUUUGCCAGAUUCAUAUCCAGAUUAGGGAACCCAGUUUAGCGAAAAGAUAGCUCUGGCCAAUCAGACGCGUGCAACGUACAUCGUCACGCUUAAUUUGAAAGAUCGCACCAACUCAUCUAAUCCAAUCAUACUCUUCAAA